GCUCCGAGGAUCCCGAUGUCGGGGUGGCCAGUGCUGCCCGCCCUGCUGCUGGCCGUGGCCAUGUCCUCUUUCCACUCGGCCACGUCCAGAGAUGAGGAGCGAAACCGGCUGUUAAUGAGAGAGAAGAUGAUGCAGGUGGGGGGGCAGCUGGUGCUGCAGGAAGAGGAGGAACGGGCCAACGGGAGGCUCCAGGCCCUCAAAGAGGCUGAGAUGCAGGAGGCCAAGAGGACUGGCAUCUUCCCGCCCAGCCUGCACUUCUUCCAGGCCAAGGGCCUCAUGGAGAAAAGCGCCGUGUUUAAUAUCCUGAAGAAGAUGCCAAAAGGUGCCGCCUUACAUGUCCAUGACUUUGGCAUGGUGAGCAUGGACUGGUUGGUGAAAAAUGCCACCUACAGGCCCUACUGCUAUUUCUGCCUCACCCCAAAGGGGGCCACGUUCAAGUUCGCUCACCCUCCCCCCACCCCGAAGCAAGAGGAAUGCUCCGAAUGGGUUUUGCUGGAGAAGUUCCGCAAGGGGCUGCCCAAUGUCACCGAGUUCGACAACAGUCUGCUGAGAACUUUCACUCUGAUGACCGAGAACCCCCAGGAAACUUAUGCAAACCAAGACAUGGUUUGGAAAAAGUUCAAAACCAUCUUCUUUGCGAUCUCGGGCCUGGUGAACUACGCCCCGGUGUUCAGAGACUUCAUCUUCCUGGGCCUGGAGGAGUUCUACCAGGACCAGGUGCUCUACCUGGAGCUGAGAGCGAUGCUCUACCCGGUGUACGAACUGAAUGGGAUGGUCCACAGCCGCGAGUGGUCAGUGCGGACCUAUGAAGAAGUGGCUCGUACGUUUGCAAAGACGCAUCCUGGGUUUAUUGGAAUCAAGCUCAUUUAUUCGGAUCACAGAUCCAAAGACGUGUCCCUCAUCAAGGAAUCCGUCCAGAGAGCCAUGGAACUUCGAGCCAAGUUCCCCCAGAUGGUGGCUGGGUUUGACCUGGUGGGGCGUGAGGACACAGGCCACUCCUUGUAUGACUACAAAGAGGCCUUGAUGAUUCCAGCCUCACGUGGUGUGAAACUGCCUUACUUCUUCCACGCCGGGGAGACAGACUGGCAGGGCACUUCCGCAGACAGAAACCUUCUGGAUGCCCUAAUACUGAACUCCACCAGGAUCGGGCAUGGAUUUGCUUUGAGCAAACACCCAGCCGUGUGGGCUGAUGCCUGGAGGAAGGACAUCCCCUUAGAAGUCUGUCCCAUCUCCAACCAGGUGCUGAAGCUGGUGUCGGACCUGAGAAACCACCCUGCAGCCGUUCUGAUGGCCACCGGGUACCCCAUGGUUAUCAGCUCAGAUGACCCUGCUGCCUUUGGGGCCAAAGGCCUGUCCUACGAUUUCUAUGAGGCCUUCAUGGGUCUCGGGGGGCUGACGGCUGACCUGAGGACACUCAAGCAACUGGCCAUGAACUCCAUCAGGUACAGCGCCCUGUCAGAGACUGAGAAGAAGGUUGCCAUGGAAACCUGGGAGGAGCGAUGGCAUAGGUUUGUAGCGGAGCUGGCCAGGGGCCCAAAGUGAGCAGAACAGCAGCCCUGCCUCUGCCUCCCACCAGGCCGGCCUCACCUUCUCUCAGCUGUCCUGGAGUCCAGUCCAGUCAUCUCCGUUUCUUCAUCAGAACCGGCCUGUGGGGUCACCCCAUGGCCUCCCUGUUGCCCGACCUUGGGAACACUCCAUCAGUGGACACACACACAUCCUUCUCUCGGCCUCAGUGCAAGGGCCCUUGGGACUCCUGCCCUGGCUCCGGUCCACUCCCAGAGACUCUUCUCUGCCUGCCCUCAGCUCAGCCCUGCACUUCCUGCCUUCUCGCCUCCUCUCCUGGGGUGUCUCAUCCACUCCUACACUUUUAUUUUAUUUUAUUUUUUUAGGGCCACACCCGCAGCAUAUGGAAGUUCCCAGGCUAGUGGUCAAAUUGGAGCUGCAGCUGUCAGCCUACACCACAGCUACAGCAACAGUGGAUCUUUAACCCAUUGAGCAAGGCCACGGAUCAAACCCACAUCCUCAUGGCUAUUAGUCAGGUUCUUAACCCCCUGAGCCACAAUGGGAACGCCCAUUCAUUCCCUUUUAAAACCGUGUAUUUCUGCAGGUAUGGCCCUGAAAAACCAAAUAAAUAAAUAAGACUAUGUAUUUGUCCAGGUUUCCCAAA